AUGCAAAAUUAUAUCAAAUAGUUACUUAAAUCAGUGGUAUGUCUCAUUUAAGGGGUCCGUCCAGUCAGGGUUAUAUCUGUGUUAGAGAGGCAGUAUGAUAAGUGCGAUACUCACGGGGCUUCUAGCACGGUAUUGCCUCAGUCUUCUCGUCGUGCAUAGGACAAUUAUGAAAUUUGAGUGGUGACAGUAACAUUAUAUGGCAUAGAAAUGAAGAUAUUAGUGUAAUGCAAGUCCCUUAAAUGCUUUCAAGUAUCUGUUGGCUACCGGUUUUUUAUGUCUCAAAAUUACUCUGAAAAACACUCCUUAUAGCCAUUUUAAAUCUACUAAAAAUACAGUUUUAAAACUUAAUCCGGAAUCAAAACUACUUUUUCCCCUCAGUGAAUUCUUAAAUGCUUUUCGUAAACAGACCCCACUCGCAUAUCUCGAGCAGUUUUCAGAUCGCGUUGUUUUCCCUGAAGCUCUGCUCACCGUGUGUGUGCCCGGGUGGGCGGGACCUUGAGAGGGUGACAAAAGGCCACUAAGUCCCGAAGUGAACAGUAACAGUUCUGGAAGUCAUGAAACUUUAUUUUCAAUUUUUCUUUUGCUAACAUGAAUUUUCUUUUUUACACGCUUUAUAUUAGCUUCACCUGAAUGUUUGUAUGUUUGUAACCGACCUCUUUGCACUCGAUUUUGACCCACUUUAAACAGACAUUUAAUCUAAACUUCGUACACUUAUCGAGGACCGGUGACAAUACACUAAUUUAAUAAGUUUAUUUAUGCCUCGCUUCAGUUUGAAGUCACACGUGAAGUAAUUAUAAUCUUUAAUCGUGUGGAACUUAUCUCUGAAAAGGUUUUGAGCUUACGUGUGUAAAAAUGGGCACGUUAAUGCAAACAGUCAAUCUACUUUUGUAUUAAGUUUAGUUACACUUAGUAUAAAAAAAAUAAUGACAGCAUGAAAAGUUAUAAGAGAAUGUUAUUAAAAGGUCCUGAAAUUGGUUCGCCAUGUAUUUGUGGACACACUGAUUAAGUAAAGGCACAAAAAAGUUUUGUUUUUUAAAAACAUCAAAAAACUUUUUUUUAUUUAAACCAGGUGUUUUUAGGUUCAAACCAGGUUUUUUUUUUUUUUUUUUUACUUAUUCUGGUUUCUAGUGUGUUCAAAUGAAAACCAUACAAAAUCCCGCUCUCUGCCACUCAUGUUGAACCAAAAAACAUUGUAAGAACUGAAGUCUAGCAAAUCUGCACAGCUGACUGGGACUUAACCACAGAAAGGUUAUUUCCCCACAGGAAGAGGAUUCUCCAUAGAAUGGGUGUUCCCCACAGAAUGGAGAUUUACAGUACAGUCAGGGAUUUCCCACAGAAUAGGAAUUUUUUUUAUAGUAAAUUUAUUUAUUCCCUCUUUUUUUUUACUUUUUUGACUACAAUACAGUGAUUAAUUUAAUUUUAGAGGCCUAUUCAUCUGGGUAGGUAUAUUUUACUACAUAUUCAGAUAAUUUAAAUAUCUUGUUUAGUAUAAAAAAUUUUGUUCCUGUAAAUCUCAAGAAACAUUAAUGAGAAAAAUUUUGUUAUUUAAAGUGGAAUUAGACCUUUCAUUAAAUAAAUUAAGAUAUUCUAGUAUUUAAAAAUACCUACAUUAUUUAAAAAACCAUUUGGCUUUUUUAUUAAAACCACUUAAUGUAAUACGUGGUAUUAAACCAUUGUGGUUUAAAUUAGCCAGUUAAGAACAGUGACGUUCACUGUCGUGUAACAGGUUCUGAUAUUCGUGGAGGUCACUGGCCAGUGAUGUCGGGAACAUCAGCGGUCUUGCCCAUCAGUGAUGAGCGCUAGCUGACAGUCUGUUUAUGAAGGUCAUUUAGCAGCGCCCUUUGUUAGGGCCACGGGAUGUGCACUCAUUAGAGAGAUGCUUGAAUAACGUUUUGUUUGUGUGCACGGCCGUAAGAGCGCUAGUGUGCUCACUGCUCAAUGUUUGUUUACGAUUCGUUGCCAAGGCUCAUUUGUAAUGGCGGCAAUUUUUCUUUCGUAUUUUUGUUUAGGACUUUAGGUUAUUUGCGUGCUACUUGCUUAUUGCUUCGUAGGUGGAAACUGGAAAAUAUCUGGCGUUUAUUUAUUCAAUUAUUUAGUGGUCAUAUUUUCAUUGAGGUACAUUGUGAAAUUGAGUAUAAAAUUACAUAUUAAGUAAAAUACAAUGCCGCCACGUGUACGAAAAUGCUAGCUUGUGACAUAGGUGGUUUUAGCAUAAAUAGCUACUUAGGUCAUUCUUCCACCAAUGUUUAUACGGUUAGUACUGUGCACGGCCACAACAGCGCUGUUAUUCAGAGAGUGGCCUUUCUAUCCCUCCCUCUCUUUUCUAUGGAUAGGGCAGCUUGAUUACUGAAACAGAGGUGGUGUAUUACCAGUAAAAUCAUUAACUUUUCGUGAAACAUUGUUAUGAAACGUUUCUGAUGCCAAAGAGAUAUGAAGAAAGCAUUCACAAGUUAAAACCCUUUCUUGCCUAAUGGUACUUAAAAGUACCAGGCUAUUCAACUUGCCAUUAAAAUCUUACGAGCUAUCCUGAAGUGUCCUGCUACCUGCUGGUACUUAAUUGUACCAGUAACAGUGCAUGGAAGCUUCAUUUGUGCACGUAGUUCUUUAAACACCCACAAGAUAGCAUCAACUGUCCGUCAGGUCGUGCGCUGGUUAUAACUUUAUUUCUGCUAAUCUUUUUUUUCAAAGUUUUUUGCAUUUUUCACUAGUAUGUGUUUUUUUACAUGUGAAUAGCUUACAAAUAUAGUGUGAAAAUUGAUGUCUUAUAUAUAUUAUAGUCAAUUGACCUUUAUAAAUAAUUUUUUUUUGCAAAAAUAUGAGUGGUACUUAUAAGUACCAACAGGAACUGAGUUGGCUUUAUUGUUGAAUGUGACUUUCUUUCUUAGAGUUUGUUUUGUGUUUGGUCUUUCGCUACCUAUGGGUGAAUAUUGCUUGUUCUGACAUGUCGAAGGUAUUUUAUACUAACGAAGAAGCAUUAGCACUUAUAUUUGAUGAAAACUUUCCUGCUGCCUCAGAAUCAGAAGGCACCGAUGAUGAAUUCAGCGAAAAAUCUGGCAGUCUUGAUCCAAACGAAAAUAAUUUCGACAGAUUAUUCAAUGUAGGCCUCCAGGACGAAAAUCUAAAAGGUUGUGGUGAUGAAAAUAUUGAUGACCAAGCAACGACAUCAGGUAUUGUAGUAGAUACAGAAAACGAUUGUAUUUAUGAUGAAGCAUGUUCUUCAGUACCACAAAAUUCCACUACAACAAACAUUUUACACAAUCAGACAAAACAGGAAGCUGAAAGAAAGUGGAAAAAACAUGACAGUUCUACUUCAAGGCAAGACUACAACCGAGAUACAGGCCCUGUCGAACAUUUUUUCAGCCACUGCCAAACACCUACAGAUAUCUUCUUGGUGAUGAUUGGUGAUUUGAUUGAAGAACUGACUUUUCAAUCAAACCUGUAUGCUACACAACAUGAAAAGAACUUGAACUUGAAGGAAGGUGAGUUACUUUGUUUUCUUGGGAUAAAUUUCAUGAUGGGUUAUCAUAAACUUCCAUCGUGGAAGGAUUACUGGUCCACUUCUGAAGACUUUCGAGUGCCUCCCAUUGCUGAGGCUAUGCCAAGGGAUCGUUUUGAAUUGAUUCUUCGGUACCUGCAUGCUAAUGACAACAAGUCGGUGCCUCAGGGAAACAAAGACAAGAUCUACAAAAUAAGACCUGUAGUUGAAAAGUUGAAUCAUAAGUUUCAACAAGUGUAUAAUGGAACAAGGGAACUUAGCAUUGAUGAAAGUAUGAUACUGUUCAAAGGACGUUCCACUUUGAAACAAUAUAAUCCGAUGAAGCCGAUCAAACGUGGCUACAAACUGUGGUCAAUGGCUGACCAAAAAGGAUAUACACUUACCUUCAAAGUGUAUCAGGGCAAAGAUGAAGUGGCAGAGACAGAAUUUCAAGGUCAUGGAUUGGGAGAAAGAGUAGUUCUGGAAUUAUCGAAACCUGUCUGGGGAAACUUCAGAGAAUUAUAUUUUGAUAAUUAUUUUUCUUCACUUUCACUUCUUGAGAGAUUGGCAGCAGAAAAAACACAUGCUUGUGGAACAAUACGUGCAAACAGGAAAGGACUUCCAAAAAAUCUCACCGAUGACAAGAAACUUGACAGAGGUGACUCAGAUUUCAGGUUCUCUAACACACAAGUGGCUUAUUAGUUAUUACAAAUGGAAGGAUACGAAAUGUGUUCAUUUGGUGUCAAACUUUCAUGGCUCAGAAUCAACCACAGUAAAAAGAAAAGACCGCAGUGGCAACAGCACAAAUGUAAGGUGUCCAACAGUUGUAUCAGACUACAAUCAGCACAUGGGAGGGGUUGACCAUGCUGACAGACUAAGGCAGCUGUAUUGUGUAGAUCGAAAAUCCAGGAAGUGGUGGCACAGACUGUUCUGGGGAAUACUAGAUAUUGCAUUUGUAAAUGCAUUUGUCAUUUACAAGGAACUUUAUGAACAUGACAUUGCAGUUCUAGAAUUCAGGAGAUCUGUGUCACAAGGCUUGAUCACACAUCAGGUUCCAAAACCCAGAAGAAAAUAUACUGAAGAUCGAACACCUUGUAAGAAGAAUGAAGCAACUAACAUGAAAAGGAGAAAAACUAGUUUCUCUGUCCCCAAGGACGUACGAGUAGCUAAUCGAGGAAUUCACUGGCCAAUAUUUGUAUCUAAUCGAGGUCGUUGCGAAGUGUGUAGCUCAAAGAACAUUCAGUCUCGACCACAUUCCCAGUGCUCCCACUGCAAAGUGUUUCUGUGCAUGAAUGAAAAAAAGAAGUGUUUUUUAGAAUAUCAUGAUGUACAGGUGUAGACAAUAAAUAUUUGAUCACAAGUAACAAUUUAAAAGAUUCAACUACAUGAA